AUGAACGUAACAUCGAAUGCAACAGCAGGCGCUUCCUUUCCACUAGCAUUUGGUCUGAAGACCUCAUUUGGGUUCAUGCACUAUGCCAAGGCUCCCGCCGUUAAUUUACGCGUCAAGGAAUCCUUGCUUCCGGAAAUGAGUGAUGGUGUGUUGGCCCUAAUUGCACCCGUCGUUGCCUACUGGGCAUUGUCCGGUAUAUUCCAUGUAAUAGACACUUUUCAUUUGGCUGAGAAGUACAGAAUUCAUCCGAGCGAAGAGGUCGCUAAGAGAAAUAAGGCCUCCAGAAUGCAUGUCUUCCUUGAAGUGAUUCUGCAACAUAUCAUACAGACCAUUGUUGGUCUCGUCUUUUUGCACUUCGAGCCCACCUACAUGACUGGGUUUGAAGAAAAUGCCAUGUGGAAGCUUCGCGCUGAUCUCCCCCGGAUCAUUCCAGAUGCCGCCAUUUAUUACGGCUACAUGUACGGAGUGUCAGCUUUGAAGAUCUUUGCUGGCUUUUUAUUUGUUGACACAUGGCAAUACUUCUUGCAUAGAUUGAUGCAUAUGAAUAAGACCCUGUACAAAUGGUUCCACUCCGUUCAUCAUGAACUAUAUGUUCCAUAUGCUUACGGUGCGCUUUUCAACAACCCUGUUGAGGGUUUCCUGUUGGAUACUUUAGGAACCGGUAUUGCCAUGACGUUGACUCAUUUGACUCACAGGGAACAAAUCAUCCUUUUUACUUUUGCCACCAUGAAGACUGUCGAUGACCACUGUGGGUAUGCCUUGCCACUUGACCCAUUCCAAUGGCUCUUCCCCAAUAAUGCUGUCUAUCAUGAUAUUCAUCAUCAGCAGUUUGGUAUUAAGACGAACUUCGCCCAACCAUUUUUCACUUUCUGGGACAAUCUGUUCCAAACUAACUUUAAAGGGUUUGAGGAAUACCAAAAGAAGCAAAGACGUGUCACCAUCGACAAGUAUAAGGAGUUUUUGCAAAAAAGAGAAUUAGAAAAGAAGGAGAAACUCAAGAACUUCAAAGCUAUGAACGCUGCUGGAAAUGAAGUAAAGAAAGAAAAAUAA